AUGCAGAAUGAGAUGCAAGAGAAGUUUGAAGAUUGGAGAGGUAAAGAGACAAUCACGGGCAAACAUGGUGGGAUCAGAGCUGCUUCUCUUGCUUGUGUUGUGGAGCUAAUGGAGAAUAUGGUCUUCUUAGCAUAUUCAACCAACUUUUAUGCAUACUUUACGAAAUCAAUGCAUUACUCAACAACCAAAGCGGCAAACAUGGUGACCAAUUUCAUUGGAACAUCGUUUUUGCUCACAAUCUUUGGUGGUUUUGUUGCCGACUCUUUCCUCACUCGCUUCACCGCUCUCGUCCUGUUUUGUUUCAUUGAACUCCUGGGUUUGAUCUUGCUGACAAUCCAAGCCCAUGACCCUGAGUUACGACCUCAUGGAGAUACUAACACUCCUUCGAGUCUUCAAGCAGCGGUUCUGUUCACCGGUAUCUACGCGGUGGCUACUGGUGUUGGAGGUGUCAAGGCCUCGUUGCCUGCUCACGGAGGCGACCAGCUCGAUAGUUCGAAACAGAGUCUGAUCUCAGCAUUUUUCAACUGGUAUUACUUUUGUAUCUGCCUUGGAGGUCUCUUGGCAGUAACCAUAAUGGUUUGGAUCGAAGAGAACAAAGGAUGGAGCUUGAGCUUCGUUAUCUCCACCGCCAUUUUAGCCUCUGCGCUCUUUGUUUUCUCCGUCGGAUUUCCGAUGUAUCGGUUCAAGCGUCCAACAGGAAGCCCUUUGACCAGGAUUGUGAACGUGUUUGUUUCUGCCGCAAGAAACCGAAAUGGGUUUGUAACGGAUGAAGAAGAGAUGACGCAGAGUCAUAGCUCUACCGACAAAAGCAUUCAUUACAACAAGUUCAAGUUUUUGAAUAAAGCAAAGCUCGACAACAAGAUCUCAGCGACACAAGUUGAAGAAACAAGAACGUUUCUAUCUCUCCAACCAAUCUUUGUGAGCACAAUUGUAAUGAACUGCUGCUUGGCGCAACUAGCAACCUUCUCUGUACAACAAGGCUCGCUGAUGAACAGAAAACUCACGCCUACCUUAAACUUACCAGUGCCUUCUCUCAACGCCAUUGCCCUCAUCAUUAUGUUGUCUUCAAUAGUUUUCUACGAACUCAUCGGCAAAAGGAUCUCACCAAGCCACAACAACGAACGAUCACGGAGCUUCAAUUUGAAACGCAUAGGAGCUGGUUUAGCUCUCACAUCUGUCUCAAUGGCGAUUGCAGCCAUGGUUGAGGUCAAGAGAAAACAUGAAGCGGUUCACAACAACGUCAAAAUCUCUGUGUUCUGGUUAGAGUUUCAGUAUGUUUUGUUGAGUUUCUCGGAUUUGUUGACUCUUGGAGGUAUGUUAGAGUUCUUCUAUAGAGAAUCUCCGCCGAGUAUGAGGAGCAUCAGCACGGCGCUGGGAUGGUGCUCCACCGCAUUAGGUUUCUUCCUCAGCACGGUUCUUGUGGACGUUAUUAAGACGACAACGGGAUGGCUCAGCGGGAAAGAUCUUGAUGAGUCCAAGCUCGAACUGUUUUAUGUGGUCUUAUGUGUCCUUAACACUCUUAAUCUUUUCAAUUAUAUCUUCUGGGCGAAAAGAUAUUAA